AUGUCUAGUUCAAUCGACAAUUUUGAAUGGUUGGAGGACGCGAUAAAGGAUGGAUACAUUAACUCUUUUAACUAUAACCAAUUUUCUGAUGUCAAAGAGAUUGGAAAGGGCGGUUUUGGUAUUAUAGAAUCUGCCGAAUGGGGAAUCUUUGAAAGAAAGGUCGCGUUGAAACGUCUAAAAAAAGAAGUAUGUCAAUUAGACAAACCAUCUAUAAAAGAAUUCCUACGCGAGAUAAGAUUACUCAUGAAAGCUUCCCAUCAUCCAAACAUCAACAAAUUCUAUGGUGUAACGAAAGAUGAAAGUACAUUGAUAACCAAUUCAGCUUUUAAAGGAAUGCCAGGAUUUAUCGAGCCGCAGUGCUAUCUUGUGCCAGGAUACAAGAGAAACAAAAAAUCGGAUAUUUAUAGUUAUGGAGUUAUCUUAUGGGAGAUAUCGACUUGUCAAAUUCCAUUCCCAUUUUUCUCGCUUGAUCCAAUUAAAGGUACUCCUAAAAAAUUUACCGAACUUUAUAAAAGAUGUCAAGAAGUAAAUCCAGAUCAACGGCCAAAUAUCAAAGAAAUAAUUUCUACUCUAAAAGACCCUGACAUAAAUAUUAAAAAAGCGGGAUCUAUUUUAACUUAUCCCAAAAUACCAUUAACCCAAGAUUAUCAAACAGAUUCUACACCACAGGAGGGAAUAUAG